GUGAUGGGACAGCUGGCGAGAAGAAGGAGGAGUCCCAGCCCGUGGAAGAGGACAGGGUGAUGGUAGAAGGACCCAAAGAGGAGCCCCAGAGCCCCGAGGUGGACGUGGACCAUGAGGUUGACCAUUGGGCAGAUGACACACAGGGCAGCCAAGGACCCAGAACACCCCACAAACGUUCUUUCCAAGGAGCCUACACUGAAGACCUUCAAGGAGACUCAACCCAACCAAGGAGAAGCUCCAACCAGAAGGUCUACGAGUGCGUGGACUGCAAGAGGGUCUUCAACUGGGGGAGUUCCUUGACCCGGCACCGCCGGAUCCACACGGGAGAGAAGCCCUUCAAGUGCCUGGAGUGCGGGAAGAGCUUCAGGCAGAGCGUGGUCCUGGUGCGGCACUGGAGGACGCACACCAAGGAGAGGCCCUUCCUCUGCACCACGUGUGGGAAACGCUUCUCCUGGCACUCAGAUCUCAUCAAACAUCACCGCGUCCACACGGGAGACAGACCGUACCCCUGCUCCUACUGUCCGGAGUCCUUCUGGACAAAGACUCAGCUUAGGAGGCAUCAGGAGGUCCUCCAUGGUGGCACUGGGAACAUCCAGCCAGAGGCAGAACAACCACCCCAGGUGCUGGAGAAGACGUUGGAGAUCCAGGAGGAGCAGCCGCCGACAAGACGAGAGGAUGACAUGAAGAACACCGAAGCACCCCCGAGCAAACCGGUGGCCCUCGAGAAGAAGAAGACCCAUAAAUGCCCAGAUUGUGAGAAGACCUUCUACAGUAAGUACGGGCUGAGCACCCACCGGCGCGACCACACUGGAGAACGACCCUACAAGUGCCCGGAUUGCGGGAAGACCUUCAAGAACAUCUACGGCCUCACGUGCCACCACAGAAUCCAUAAGGGCGAGAAACCCUACGAGUGCCCCGAGUGCCACCAGUGCUUCACCACGCCCGGGAUCCUCUACAACCACAAGAAGAUCCACACUGGAGAAAAACCUUUUUCCUGCUCGGAAUGUCGCUCGUCCUUCACUCGGAAGCAAAAACUCGUCUUGCACCAACGCAUCCACACGGGUUUGUUGCUUCACACCUGUCGGAAGUGCCACCAGAGCUUCUCCACCAAAGCUCUCCUCGCCGCCCACCGCCGGACCCACGCGCCGGACACCUCCUACUCGUGCCUGUUCUGUGGGAAGACCUUCAGCGUCGGCGCCGAGUGUCUUCUCCCUCAGAGGACCCACCUGGAGGACGCGCCGGUGGGCCAGGGAGGUUCUCCAGGGGUUGAGGUGCCACCAAAUUAG